AUGCAAAAACUGGAACCAAUCUGGCAAAAUUUGCCGUUUUUCUUCAAGUCGCAAGUAGUGGAGAACUUGGAUUAUAAGGAUCGCUGCUGCCUCCGCAAGUGCUCUAAAGCCGAUUUGUAUCUAGUGGAUUCUUCACCCAACCGUCUCGAUUCAAUUGCCAUUAAUACCUACGAAAACUACUCGUUUUUGUCAUGGAGCGACACUGGCAAGACAGUUUACACCGUAAAAUAUUAUAAAAAUUGUGGUGAAACCGAUUUGAGACUGGAAUUCUCGGCGGCGCCAAGUCUCUUUAUCCCUACGAAAAAUGAGAAGAUAUUAUUCAAAAAAACCAAAAUUUUGCAAAAUUUGGACCCAAAAUCUGAUGACAUGGAUCAUGUUCUUAUCGAUUUUUCAAUAGCUCUCAAAAAAUUGACAUGUGACAAAAUAUUGAUUGGUGACGUCAUCUUGAAAGGACCCCAUCCAACAGCGCAUCCCGAGAAGACAAUGAAAUUCAGAGAACGUCUUCUGAAUCAGAUGACGUCACCUAUAAAAGCAAAAUGUCUCUAUUUGAAGUGGGGAAACGAAAUGGAUGAAGUUGAAGAGAUUCUGAAGAAUUUCGACUCAAAAACGCUGAAAAAAUUGGAAAUUUCGGAUAGAAACGCUUUUUGGGAACUAUCGAAAAUUAUGAAGAUGGAGCAGUGGAAGAAAGCGGAAAAAGUGCAUUUGGAGGUGCUAUCUGAUCUAAAAAUUGAUGAUUUGAUGCACUUUUCGGAGAUCCAGAUGCAUGUGAGAACUUUGGAGGAAAAUGAUUUGUGGAAGGUUAUACAGAACUUCAUCACGAAAAACCAACAUCGCUCAUUCUUUCACUUCAGUUACCGUACAAUCGACCCAGAUUUGCAAAGAAUUUUGGGAACCUUCAAUGUACCAAUAAAAGAUGAGCCGAUAAGAGCGAGUACUCAGGUUAGACAAAUGCUGGAGCGCCGUAUUAAUCACACUCAACGCUUUCCAAUGCCAUCGCCUGACUUAGUUCUGGUUGUGAUGAUAGCUGAUAAGGAGGUGAUGGGUACAGUAUGCCGUAAAGAUAACGUGGAUGUGGAGGCGAAAGUGGAAACGGGAAUUUUAAGAGAAUAA